CGGGGCCUGCCGGGAAGGGGUCGGUCGGUUACCCGCCGGCCCGCGGCGGUCGUGAGCGGCUUCGCCAUGCAGAGCACGGACCUGGGCAACAAGGAGAGCGGCAAGAUAUGGCACCGCAAGCCCUCGCCGGCCACUCGAGACGGAAUUAUAGUGAACAUCAUACAUAGCACUUCUGAUUAUCAUCCAAAAGUUCUGCGAUUUUUGAAUGUGGCUUUUGAUGGCUCAGGAGAUUGUUUAAUUGCUGGGGACCAUCAAGGAAAUAUCUAUGUUUUUGACUUGCAUGGAAACAGGUUUAAUCUUGUUCAGCGAACAGCACAAGCUUGCACAGCUCUGGCCUUUAACCUUCGUAGACAGUCUGAAUUCCUUGUGGCAUUAGCAGAUUAUUCUAUUAAAUGUUUUGAUACAGUCACCAAGGAGCUGGUUAGCUGGAUGAGAGGGCAUGAGUCAUCAGUAUUCUCAAUAUCCGUGCAUGCAUCCGGGAGAUACGCCAUCACCACUUCUUCUGAUACAGCACAACUGUGGGACCUGGAUACCUUUCAGAGAAAAAGAAAAUUGAAUAUUCGCCAGUCUGUGGGUAUACAGAAGUCUUUCUGGCCACCUGGGAAUUCCGACCAGUUUAAAAUUGUUCCUGCCAGUCAUCCUGUGAUUGGCCCAGUUCUGUCACUCAGAGAUGGCCGAGUUCUGGCUGCUGGAGGCAAAUCAAACCAUCUUCAUUUGUGGUGCUUAGAAGCUACACAGCUCUUCAGAAUUAUCCAGAUGCCUACUAAAGUCAGAGCUAUUCGACAUCUGGAAUUUCUUCCUGACAGUUUCGAUGCUGGUUCAAAUCAGGUUCUUGGCGUGCUAAGUCAAGAUGGAAUUAUGAGAUUUGUCAAUAUACAGACUUGUAAACUUCUCUUUGAAAUCGGAAGCCUUGAUGAAGGAAUUAGCUCAUCAGUAAUUAGCCCACAUGGUCGGUACAUUGCAUCUAUUAUGGAAAAUGGGAGUCUGAACAUAUAUUCAGUUCAAGCUUUGACACAUGAAAUAAAUAAGCCGCCGCCUCCUCUAGUGAAAGUGAUUGAAGAUUUGCCUAAGAAUAGACUGAGUGCCAGUGAUCUUAAGAUGAAAGUAACAUCGGGCAGAGUGCAGCAGCCAGCGAGGUCUAGCGCAGGCAAAAUGCAGACUAGAGUACUGAAACAGGACCUGAUGGGCAAGUUUGAAAAUAAGGAGAACGAGUUGUCAUACGGAUUGAACACAAAGCGCUUGCACGUCUUAUUAAAAGGCUAUGGUGAAUAUCCAGCGAAGUACAGGAUGUUCAUUUGGCGCUCUUUGUUACAACUGCCUGAAAAUCAUACUGCGUUUAGUAGCCUAAUAGAUAAGGGUACUCAUGCGGCAUUUCUCAACCUUCAGAAAAAAUAUCCCAUCAAAAGUAGGAAACUACUCAGAGUGCUGCAGAGAACCCUAUCAGCCUUAGCGCACUGGUCUGCCAUCUUCAGUGACACACCAUAUGUUCCUCUCUUGGCAUUUCCGUUUGUAAAAUUAUUCCAGAAUAACCAACUUAUCUGUUUUGAAGUUGUUGCUACUCUCAUAAUCAAUUGGUGUCAGUACUGGUUUGAAUACUUUCCUAAUCCUCCUAUCAACAUUCUUAGUAUGAUAGAAAAUGUUCUGGCAUUUCAUGACAAGGAAUUACUACAGCACUUUAUAGAUCAUGAUGUAACUUCCCAGCUGUAUGCAUGGCCUCUUCUUGAAACUGUGUUCUCAGAGGUGCUAACAAGAGAGGAGUGGCUCAGGUUAUUUGACAACGUUUUUUCCAACCAUCCUUCCUUCCUUCUGAUGACUGUGGUGGCCUACAACAUGUGUUCCAGAGCACCUUUGCUCCACUGUGCCUUUAAGGACGAUUUUGAGUAUUUUUUUCACCAUCGGAAUAACCUGGAUAUAAGUGUUGUGAUUAAAGAAGCUUAUUGUCUCAUGGAGAACACACCUGCUAAUAUUCAUCCAGAAAGUGAGCUGGAAGCUUUUGUUGCACUGACAAAAGGGCAGUAUCCAGUAUUCAAUCAAUAUCCAAAGUUUAUUGUGGACUAUCAGACACAGGAACGAGAAAGAAUAAGAAAGGAUGAAUUGGAUUACUUGAGAGAGAGGCAGACAGUUGAAGACAUGCAAGCUGAAAUAGACCAGCAAAGAGUUGAAGAUGAAGCUUGGUACCAGAAACAAGAACUGCUUCGUAGAGCUGAAGAAACAAGAAGAGAAAUGCUCUUACGGGAGGAAGAGAAGAUGGUAGACCAAAGGCAGAGACUAGCUGCUGUGAGAAGAGAGCUGAAACUAAAGGAACUACAGUUACAGGAUGCUGCGAGGAGACGUUUCCUAAGGCUUCAACAAGAUCAGCGAGAGAUGGAACUGCGAAGACUGGAUGAUGAAAUUGAGAGAAAGGUAAAAAUGAGAGAUCAAGAAAUUGCUAGCGCAGCCAAGGACCUGGAAAUGAGACACCUGGAACUUGAAGCCCAAGCAAGACUCUGUGAGAAGUGGAAGCAAGCUGACGAGAAAGAGUUUCAUUUAAGAUCAGAGAAGAAAACUUCAGCCUCUUCAGAUGCAUCUAGAAGAGCGUUUCUAAAGCGCGAGACGAGCGCUGCUUUGGAGCGUGCUGUGCAUCCAUUUAUUCAAGCAGAAGCCUACCGGCUGCCAGAGGAACAGGUUGCCUCAAGCUGUCUCCCCAGAACUUCACACUUCAGUGACAUUUCUGAAGUGGAGUCCUCAGCACCGAUUUCCUUGAAUCGAAGAACAGAAUGGGACAGCAUGGAACAAAAUCUUAUCAAGAAGGUGAGAGCCCUUCGCCAGAGACUCGCGGCCCAGGCUCGGAGCAGAUGUCAGGCCCCCCACCUUGUGGCUGCGUAGCAGGUGUGUCCCCGCGGGAGACAGAGACAGGUUGUACCGGUUUGCAAUCAAUGACUCUGAUUUUUGUAUUAUUUAUAUUAAAUCUCUAUAAAGAUGGCCUUUUGUAUAGAAAAAUAAAAAUUAUGUGUUCUAAUUUUUACUUUUUAUCUU